UCUUUGAACAGGAAGUUUCUGCGAGUCUCUGUCAGAUGGUUAAUUGAGUUUGAAAUUCGUGUUAGUAUUCGUUCCAUUUCAUUUUUUACUGUUCACAUUAAAUUGAUUUCCAUUAAUUGAAAAACUACUUUGUGUAUAAUUUAGGUUUUACUUUAUAAUAUCUAUUGGUAAAUCGCGUGUACGUAGGAGCUAUAUUUCAAGUUGACGCAACACUAAUAUACUUUCCGUAGUGUGCAAACUUUGCAUCGUAAGAGUAGGUGGGUUAGGUACGGCCGCCAUCAGUUGGAUGUUUUCAUCGACUCGCUGAUGGUCAACCAUAAUGGCUGGGCAACAAAUUUGUUUAAAAUGGAAUAGCUUCCAAGCAAAUAUAGUAACUAGUUUUGAGAAUUUGUGGGAGGAAGAAGGUUUGGUGGAUGUGACUUUGGCAAGUGAUGGUCAGUGUCUCAGAGCUCACAAAGUAAUACUGUCAGCAUGCAGUCCAUUUUUUAGGAAAGUUUUCCAGACAAAUCCUUGUCAGCAUCCUGUUAUCAUCCUUCAAGAUGUUCACUUCACUGAGCUUGAAUCGCUCUUGUGUUUUGUGUAUAAAGGUGAAGUCAAUAUAGAGCAGGAAAACCUUCCAGCUUUGCUGCGGGCUGCUGAAACUCUGCAGAUCCGAGGUCUUUCUGGAGCUUCAGAACAAGUGAAAGAGAAGAUGGGAGCUUCAAAGAAAGUCUUGCCACCAAAUUCUCCAGAAGAUUCUCCUGAAGAGUCUCCUCCUGUAAAACGUCCUCGUAGCAUCCAACCAUCACAAUCACCACCCCUCCCGACCACACCUUUGGCUCUCACUCCAACUUCCAGACCUUCUCGCUCACGCCACCCAUCCACCUCGUCCGUGGAGCCAUGGGAGCAGCCACAACAACCAGGAGACCCAGAAAUUCCUCCAAAAGUAGAGCCCUCUGACAGUGUUUCCCGUUCUCCAUCCCCAUUGCAUGACGCGCUGGAAGACAGUACUGACGGCUCUGUGGGUCCUCCUUGUGAUUUGAUGCAAGCUCAGCUGAAGUUGCCAGCUUCUGACACAGGACAAAUUAAAGGAGAAGGGGAUGCUGCGCUGGGACUUAAUCUGCCCUACCAGAACCUGCCGUACGCUUGCCUCUUGCCUCGUGCUCAAGUCUUGGCUACUUGGGCAAAGGCCCGUACAUUGGAGCAGUUGGCCUGCGACCUAAUGAAGAUCCUUUUUACGACUGAUGAACGCAUUCUUUGUAAUGUCAAUGGGAAAAUGGGGAAACGACAGUUUAAUGUACACAAGAUACAACUCAUAAGAGAAGUGCUUCAUUUCUUCAGUAACCUGCCAGCAGCCGAGUUUGAAGAACAGUGGAAGAGCUGUGUGACAAAAAUUGACACUGCCAAUAGAGGGUUGAAGAGGAACCUAAUUAGGACUGAUGUAAAUAUAAUUGGUUUGUUGAAAGAUAUUGUGUUGAAGGCAACUGAAGAACAGUGUAAUGUGGUUCUAGAGGAUGCACUUGUAUUUUUGUUAAUUUUAUGUAUGCAUUUUGAAAAAGGACAAUUAUUAUGUAUGUUGAAUUUUGGCAUUUUGAAUCCUGAUGCUGCAGCAUUUCAUGCAGAACCAAAUGAUGCUCCCCAAGCUAACAAGAACUUCCCAUUUCCUCCUUUCCCCUGCCCAUUUUGUGAUCGGGCCUACACCAGCUGGGGAUUUCGUCGAAGACACAUCAAAGCCAUGCACACACAGUCACCACGUCUGUCCUGUAAGUGGUGCCUUCGAGUUUUACCUUCACAUAGUGAUUGGGAGCAACAUGUCAUGGCAGAACACAACUUAUCACCUGGAGAUGCUCAUAAUGGUCUUCUUAUUUUAGAAGAAGCUCAUAUGGUCCUGCAGAUACCCAAUCCAACCCGUCUAGACACAUUUGUCAGUAUGAUUCGAAAAAGUGGGAGCAAUAGUGAAGGAGAAAAGUCAAGUGCUUCAAUUUCUGCACAGAGUCACCGAGAUCAAUCUAGCCAUUGAAAUAAUUUUGAAUUAAAACUUUUUGCAGAGAAUUAAGCAAGUGCCUUUUUGUACUGACCAUAUUCAUGUGCCAGUGUGAAAUUGUAAUUGUGGCAUCUAUUUAUCAUUCUUUGCUAUCAUCUGUAUAAUGCUCUUUCAGGAAAUGAAUUUAUUGUGUACUGCUCCUAAAUGAGUUGUGUGAGAAGAAAAGAGUAUGUAUCUUGGUCAAAUGAAAUUUAUUAGUUGUGUCAUAAUGAUGUACAUUGCAGUAGCCAAGAGUGUUCGUAAAUGAUUUGCAAGUGUGUAAAUAAUGCAGGUAAUCAUAAUUUUUCAGAUCAACAAAUAUCUGUCGUGUUGAGAUUUAUUUUUUAUUAGUUGAUGAUGAAGGACAAUAAAGUAGCAGAUACAUUACAAUUUCGAAUUCAAACUGUGAAUCUUCCAGGAAAUAUGGUAAUUUUAUAAUCUUUACAUUCUUCUGAAAUGAAGUACAGGCAGCUGUUGGAAUAUGCAGUGAAUUAAGUUGUUAAACAACCAGUGUGAAACAAUUACAAUAAUGAAAAUAUAACAGUUUAAAUUGUGAGCACAUUUAAAUUAGAUCCAAUGGCAUCCUGCUUUAGUCUCAUUACAUAAAUGGAAAGCAAUUCCAUUCAUUUCUAUCCAAUUUUUAUAUUUUAUUUUGUCCUUCCAAUGUACAUCCCUUAUUGCAAGAAAAUUAUAGAAUUAGUAAUGUAAGAAAAAUGCCUCAGAAGUAUUGAAUGCCAUUUUCUGUAAUAACAGUGUGUGUGUCAUACUUGUGGUUAUAAUAAUAUCAAUUACAUUCUGUGAAGAAGAAUUAUAGUAUUAUUAAAUAUAUUAUUGAUGUUUUAGCAUGUAUAAAAUAGGUGCUGCGAUCAUAGUAGCAAUGUAAUGUUUAUAAUUAAUUCAAAUUAUUUAUAGUAAUGCCACUCAAAAUGUAUUGUGACAAGUUAAUAAUUGUAACAAUACAUAUUUCUAUGUAGGAUGUUAGUCAAUUAAUUACAGAAAAAUAAUUUUUAAUUCAGUUCUUGCCAUUGUGUGCCAUUGUUUUCUUCUCAAUUGUAAUACUAGAAUAAGAAUAGUGAAUUAGUUUUAUUUGUUUUAAGUUUUUUUCAUGCCUCUUAAGAAUAAAAGUCUUUGCUAUAAUAGAAAAUUCACUUUUGUUUAUAUGUACCAAAUUGUAUAAUUACAUACAUAUGAGUUGACCUAAGUUACUCUCUAAAUAACCUCUCAGCCUACCUCUGUUGAUGGUAAUAAAAUGAAAGCAUUACUUCUGUGUAAUAAAACUUAAGGGUGAAGAUAAAUUAUGUUGUGUUAAUUCACAAUUUUUUGGAAGAACUCUUGAAUUUAAUAUUAAUUUAUUUAAAUGUGAAAAAAUUAGAAAAACAAUAACUUAUCU